ACCCCACAUCGUGUGGACGGUCGCUACGGUGGAGAGACGCUGUGAUAACGUGGCUUUGUUUGUACAUAACAUAAUCCAGCCCAAAGCACUUUGCCCCGGGUCACUUUGGGUAGAACCGCCGGCAAACUGGCGUACUUCCAUUCUGUCAUGUAAUCCACCAUGCACGUGAUGAUGGGUGGCAGGUGCACUCCCUGGAGGUCCUCCAGUUGGUCAAGGAGAUAGAGGAGCUAGAGGAACCCACCGCGCCGUGGGGAAGAGGAGGGGGAGGAGGUCGAGGAGGAAGGCAUCUUGACAGGGAGCUGAGAAGACUUCAACGGAGAGUUCGCAACAUCCUGGGUGCCUGGAUGGAGCACCACCACCUGGCCACCGGUGUCAGGUGUCCCGGCGUGGGGCGGAUGCCAGAUGCCCCACCGAGAACCAGGCUGGAGAGAGAGGUGCAGUCAGCCGCUCUGCCCUCCCUGAACCCGCCGGAGAAAGAAGGAGAUGCUCUGCCAGACCAGCCGGAGGAGGACAGAGAUGGGUUACCGGACCUGCCCAAACACCUGCGUGCACCAGCAGACUACUUCCUGAACCCACCAUCGAAACUGCCAAGUUCAGUGAUUAUCCCAAAGACUGCAGAGUUUCAUCCCCCCCGCGCCAUCCACAGCCCUGCUCGGCUCUCGGCAGCCCUCCUCUCCUCUCCCACCAUGCAUUGCCCUGUGCUGCUCAGAGCCGCUCUGCGGGGGGAGGAAGGGGGGCGUGGACGCUGCUGCUGCUGCAGCCCCAGGCUGAUGCCCGCGCUGACGGACCUGGAGUACGACGCCUUCGUCCGGGGCCAAUCCCAGCGCUCCGAGCAGGUCCUGCUGGUGGCGUGCGUGACCUCUCGUCCUCGCUGCCCCGGCGUGCACGUGGCGCCCAACCAGGACGCACUAGAGCGGCUUUACGAGAGGAUGAACAGGAACAGGACCAUGCCCUGCAAACAGAUGUACGUCCGCGGUAAACUGCUGUUUGCAGACAACAUCUUCAACGGCUACAGCUGCUCCAUCAGGGACCUUCACAAGCAAAUCUUCAGAACCAGGAGAGACUCCAGCCUCGGCCUGAGCCUGCCGCCAGACUACAAGUUUAGACUGAAGGUGAAGAGUCCUCCGGCCACACGUUUACCAACCCAGCAAGAACCCCGUUCACUGGAUGGAGAAAAAAGGAGUCUUUCUACAGAGAGAUCUUUCCCAAACUUAAUCUAUCCGUCUGAUAUCCUCGUUCCGAACAGGAAAACUGCUCCGUGUCUGGAGGAAACGUUCCGCCGAAGCCGAGAUAUGAAUACGAGGGCCAAAAAGGCCCCUGCUCUUCCUCGUCUUCCUGUUUUCAUGCCAUGAGUUUGGCCUUGGGAUAAUGUAAACACAGGACGGUUUCUAUUGUCCAACACAAUCGAGGCAUGCAGGAAGAUUCAUCGACAAGCUGAAGCCUAAAUUGGCUGACAUGCAAAGAGACUGCGAGUGCCUUGUUAAUUUAUCAAAGAGCGGCUGCGCUUGGCUUUAUUUGGGAUGCGAAAUGCCUCUCGGUGUUUGGCAGCAGGUUGCACGUUGGCAGCUCUCACGAAGCAUUAAGUGCACAAGAUUCAUCAUCGGCGAAAAUCCGUCGCCGCUAAUGCGAGCAUCUUCGUGUCAGUGAUCUUCGGAUAAUGAACAUCAGAUGUUUAUCAUCUGCCAGGGGUCAAUAUGGACAUUGUUUGUUUUUCAAAGAGAGAUAAGGGGGUCGGUUUUAGGCCCAAAACUGUUCAUUCUGUACUUAUAGGAUAUAUGCAAGAUGUCAAAAAUAUUGAAAUUUGCUCUGUUUGCUGAUGACACGAAUAUAUUUUGCUCUGGCGAGAGUUUACAGCAGCUUUUGGA